AUGGCUCUCCGAAACCUGGGCCGAAAUGGCCCCCAAAUCUCUCCCGUCGGUCUAGGGUUUGGCAGCAUCGGUGGCUUUUAUGGACCAGUAGGUACUUUUGACGAGAAGGUGGCUCUUCUAGAUCAUGCCCAUGCUACUGGUCUGCGCUUUUGGGAUCUUUCCGACAUCUACGGUGACUGUGAAGCAGUUGUUGGCGAAUGGAUCAAGCGAUCGGGGAAACGCGAGGACAUCUUCAUAGGCACCAAGUUCUCGCUUAAACGUCAGUCCAAUGGUAGACACACCUUUCACUCUGAUCCCGCUUAUGCCAAAGAGGCAUGUCUGAAAAGUCUCGAAAGGCUUGGUAUUGAUACCAUUGAUCUUUACUAUUGCCAUGCAGUCGAUGGAAUCACGCCCAUUGAGAAGACCAUGGAAGCCCUGGUUGAGUUGAAGCGAGAAGGGAAAGUUCGUCACAUCGGUCUAUCUGGUGUGUCGGCAGCAACACUACGCCGGGCGCAUGCCAUCCACCCCAUUGCGGCCCUGCAGUGGGAGUACAGCUUGUUCACGCUGGACAUAGAAUCAUCUAAAUCGGAGAUCCUCACUACAUGUCGUGAGCUGGGCAUUAGUCUUGUUGCCUUUUGUCCUAUCGGCCGCGGUAUCUUCACCCAAGAACUCCGAUCCUACGAAGACAUCCCCGAGAACUUGCGACUGUUUUACCCCAAAUACGCCGAGAAGAACUUCCCUGCAAUCGCUUCAUUGGUAUCUGGUGUCAAGAGAAUUGCUGAUUCCCAUGAAACCACUACGGCACAGGUCGCUCUUGCAUGGCUGUUGGCACAAGGACCAGAUAUCAUACCAAUCCCGGGCACGAAGAAGAAAUCUAAGAUGGAUGAUAAUGCAGCCGCUGCGCUGCUGCAACUGAGUCAGGAGGAACUGCGAGAAAUUCGCACCCUAGCAGAGGAAGCUGAAAUUGAUGGUCCUCGGUAUCACCCUUCGUGA